UUUCAAUUUCCUACCCUACUCUCUCUCUCUCUCUCUCUCUCUCUCUCUCGCUUCAAAGGCUCGAGCUUUGUCUGUUGAAGUUCCGUUCCAAAUGGCUACAACUACUAGUCUUAUUACUUUCCGAGCCACAGGAGUCCGAGCGUGUGCAAAUUCGGGUCACCGGAGAUCCGACCUGGACGGCAGGAAAAGCGCCUUGUCGCCCAACUGGUGGACCCCGAUCUUCAAUUGGUCCGCAGAGCCCGACUACAUUGACUCCGGGAGCAACGAGCCGGUCCACGAAGCCUCAGAGAAACCGAAGAGGAGUUCGGACUCGAAGUCUUCGCGACCCCGGUUCGCCCCCGGUAGCUUCACGGAGGAGAAGGCGAGGCAGCUCCGGAUGAUGACGAAGGAAACCAAAUCGUUUCACGACGCCAUGUACCACUCCGCCAUCGCCUCCCGUCUCGCCUCGGAUUUCAAGAACCGCUCCGAUCAGUGACCUCCGGAGAGCUACGGCAUAAUCUUAGAUUGAUCUUGAGGACGAUGUAAUAAUGAUGGGAGUUAAUGUUGUUGUAGCAAUUAAUAUUUGAUUUGUAAAUAAUAAUGUUUAGGUGUUGAAUUUAUAUAUGGUAGAUAAUUCUGUAUUAGGCAUUAUGAAUUGGAGGCGAACGCGAAUGUUGUGGAUCGUAGCCCUUUCAACUUGGCUUAGCAUUGAAUUAGAGUCUGACUGGAAUCUGCAACUUUUUCCAUGUUGAAAUUAAAGCAUCCAAAAAGGAAUAUGCUUAACGUA